AUGGACAUUCGAAAUUUACUCAAUAACCCCGCAGUAGACGAAAAACCAUUCAGUUGUUCAUGGGCCGAAUGUUCGAAAUCAUUCUCUCGUCGCUCCGAUCUUUCAAGGCAUAUCAGAAUCCACACAGGCGAAAGACCUUUUCAUUGUCAAUGGCCAACAUGUGGAAAGCAAUUCAUUCAACGCUCAGCCUUGACAGUUCAUUAUCGCACACAUACAGGCGAACGUCCUCAUGUCUGUGAAUACAUGGCUUGUGGAAAAUCAUUUAGUGAUUCUUCUUCUUUGGCUAGACAUCGACGCACACAUACAGGCAAAAGACCUUAUGUAUGUCAAUUUGCUGAUUGUGGUAAAUCAUUCACUCGGAAAACAACCCUUUCAAGACAUCAACAAUGCCAUGAUCCAAAAUGGAAAUCCUACUGGUAA